CGGGCCUAUCGGGGUGGGCGGGGCGGAGUCGGGUCGCUAGUCGUCCUGCGGUCCUCCCCACACGCCGCGGGACCCGGAGGACUUAGCGGGGCGGCCUCCGGUCCGGCAGCGGAGGCGGAGCCUGGCGCCGAACGGGGGGCCUUCGCAAGGCCCCGGGACGCGUCUGUGGGUGCCGAGGGCAUCUACGGGGCGUCCCCGUGAGAACUGGGGACGUCCACCGGGCCUGGGCCGAGGCUGGCGCCUGCCCUCCACCAUGGGUCUUGUCUGUAGGCACUGUGGAUCGUCUUGAUGGGCUGGCCGGAGGCUAGGGUCUGUUCGGAGGGUUCUGGGGCCAUCUUGAGAUCUUGAGACAUGUCCCAGAGGUGAGGGAGGUUUGCAAGAGCCGAGGACUGUCUGCUGAGCCGUCUGUGGCUCUGGGGUAUGGCCAUCGGGGCUGCGAAGUGUCUACAUGGGCUGACCCGAGGAUGCCACUCACCUACCCGGGUCCGGGGCCAUUUAGCGGGCCUGCCGGAACGGAUCCUGGGUUAGGAAGUCAUGCAGGGGUGGGAUGUGCCCCCCAGGGGAGGGAGGCCGAUACUGAGACGUGCUGAGAGGCCUGGAUGGGUCUCCCGCGUCUGGGGAGCGGCUGAUCGGAGUGACAGGAGGCCGGGGGACAGUUAGAAGGACCUGGACCCGCUCGGUGGCUUUGAGUGUUGCCUGCCCGGGUGCAGCCUGGAUGCCCGGAGCAAAUUCGAAUGCCUUUUGGGCCAGAUAAUCAGAUGGAGAAUAAGACAAAGGAGAUUAUUGGAAAAUAUGCGGAACUCAAAUGUGCUUGCACUUUAGAAGGUGACCAUGGAGGAAGAAGAUGAGUCUCGAGGGAAGACGGAGGAGUCGGGCGAGGAUAGGGGUGACGGCCCGCCAGACAGAGACCCCACGCUUUCUCCUACUGCCUUUAUUCUGCGGGCCAUUCAGCAGGCGGUGGGAACUUCCCUGCAGGGGGACCUGGCGAAUGAUAAAGAUGGCUCUAGGUGUCACGGCCUUCGAUGGAGGCGCUGCCGGAGCCCGCGGUCAGAGUCCCGUUCCCAGGAGUCAGGGGGAACUGACACGGCUGCUGUGUUGGACAUGGCCGCAGACAGCUUCCUGGCAGGGUUGGUGAGCGUCCUGGAUCCCCCAGACACCUGGGUUCCCAGCCACCUGGACCUGCAGCCUGGCGAAAGCGAGGACAUGCUGGAGCUGGUGGCUGAGGUCCGCAUCGGGGACAGGGAUCCGAUCCCACUGCCGGUGCCCAGCCUGCUGCCUCGUCUCAGGGCCUGGAGGACGGGCAAAACGGUUUCUCCUCAGUCUCAUUCUUCUCAACCCACCCGUGCCCGCCACCUCCUCACCUUGGGCACUGGAGACGGGGGCCCUGCCCCACCUCCUGCCCCCUCCUCUGCAUCCUCCUCCCCUUCUCCUUCCCCAUCAUCAUCUUCCCCCUCCCCACCUCCCCCACCACCACCCCCAGCCCCCCCAGCCCAGCCUGCCCCUCGGUUUGACAUCUAUGACCCCUUCCACCCCACCGAUGAGGCCUACUCCCCGCCGCCUGCACCGGAGCAGAAGUACGACCCCUUUGAGCCGACUGGCUCCAACCCCAGCUCCUCCGCUGGGACGCCCUCACCUGAGGAAGAGGAGGAGGAGGAGGAGGAAGAGGAGGAGGAAGAGGAGGAGGAAGGCCUGUCCCAGAGCAUCAGCCGCAUCUCUGAGACCCUGGCGGGCAUCUAUGAUGACAACAGCCUGAGCCAGGACUUCCCAGGUGAUGAGAGCCCCCGACCGGACCCCCAGCCCCCACAGUCAACUGUGGCCCCUGCCACCCCACCCCAGGCGGACUCCACCCGGGUGGACGGCGCCACCCGCCGGCGAGUCUUCGUGGUCGGGGCCGAGGCGGAGGCCUGUCGGGAAGGCAAGGUCUCCGUGGAGGUGGUGACGGCCAGCGGAGCCGCCCUGCCGCCGCCCUUGCUGCCACCUGGUGACUCGGAGAUUGAGGAGGGCGAGAUCGUGCAGCCGGAGGAGGACACCAGGCUGGCGCUGUCCCUCUUCCGGCCCAGCCGGGCUGCCCGCCCUGCGCCCGCCGCUCCAGCCGCCCCCACGGCCCAGCCCCCGCCCCCGCCGCCCGCCGCCCGCGCCCCGGAGGGAGAUGACUUCCUGUCUCUGCACGCGGACUCGGACGGUGAGGGCGCCCUGCAGGUGGACCUGGGGGAGCCGGCCCCCGCGCAGCCCCCCGCGGACGCCCGCUGGGGCGGCCUGGACCUCCGCCGCAAGAUCCUGACCCAGCGGCGGGAGCGCUACCGCCAGCGCUCGCCCUCCCCGGGCCUCGCCGCCCCGGCCGGCCCGCCCGCCCGAAAGAAAUCGCGCCGGGAGCGAAAGCGCAGCGGCGAGGCCAAGGAGGCCGCCUCCUCCUCCUCCUCGGCCGCGCCGGCCCCGCCGGCCCCCGCCUCCCCCUGGGACUCCAAGAAGCACCGCUCCCGGGACCGCAAGCCGGGCUCCCAUGCCUCCUCCUCCGCCCGCCACCGCUCUCGGUCCCGCUCCGCCCGCCGCCGCUCACGCAGCCCCGACCGCCGCCGCGGGGGCAGCCGCCGCUCCAGGUCCCGGGAGAAGCGGCGUCGGAGGCGGCGCUCGGCCUCGCCGCCCCCCGCCACCUCUUCCUCCUCUUCCUCGAGGCGCGAGCGGCACCGAGGCAAGCACCGGGAAGGCGGCGGCAGCAAGAAGAAGAAGAAGCGGUCUCGGUCCCGGGGUGAGAAGCGGUCGGGGGACAGCGAGAAGGGCCCGGUGCUGGCCCAGCCGCCCUCCGGCUCCACCUCCCUGGGCUCGGAGCGCGACCGCCGCCGGGGCGCGGUGCCGCCCUCCAUCCAGGACCUCACGGACCACGACCUCUUCGCCAUCAAGCGGACCAUCACCGUGGGCCGGCCGGACAAGUCCGACCCCCGCGGCCCGUCGCCCGCCCCAGCCUCGUCGCCCAAGCGCGAGGUGCUGUACGACUCGGAGGGACUCAGCGCCGAGGAGCGGGGCGGCCGGAGCGGCGAGAAGGACCGGCGCCGCGCCGGGGCGGCCUCCUCCUCCCGGGAGAAGGGAUCACGGCGGAAGGCGCUGGACGUGGGGGAUCGGGACCGGGAGAGGGACAGAGAGAGGGACAGGGACAGGUCGUCCAAGAAAGCCCGGCCCCCCAAGGAGUCGGCGCCCUCAGGGCCCCCGCCCAAGCCGCCGGUCAGCAGUGGCUCCGGGUCCUCCUCCUCGUCGUCGUCCUCCUCCUCCCGGAAGGUGAAGCUGCAGUCCAAGGUGGCGGUGCUGAUCCGGGAGGGCGUCAGCAGCACCACGCCGGCCAAGGAGGCUGCGUCCGCCGGCCUGGGCUCCAUUGGGGUCAAGUUCAGCCGCGACCGGGAGAGCCGCUCCCCCUUCCUCAAGCCCGAGGAGCGGGCUCCUGCCGAGGUGGCCAAAGCAGCUCCCGGCAGCACCAAGCCCAAAAAGACCAAGGUGAAGGCCAAGGCCGGGGCCAAGAAAGCCAAGGGGACCAAGGGGAAGACCAAGCCAUCCAAGACCAGGAAAAAGAUCCGCAGCGGGGGCGGCGGCGGGGCCCCUGGGGGCCCAGUGACCCUGAAGAAGUCCAAGGCCGACAGCUGUAGCCAGGCUGCCGGGGCCAAGGGCGCAGAGGAGACGUCUUGGUCCGGGGAGGAGCGAGCAGCCAAGGCCCCCAGCACCCCGCCCCCCAAGGCCGCCCCUCCGCCCCCCGCCCUCACCCCGGACUCACAGACGGUGGACAGCAGCUGUAAGACACCUGAGGCCUCCUUCUUGCCCGAAGAGGGCACUGAGGAGCCUGGGGUCCGAGGUGGGGCGGAGGCGGAGGAGGAGGAGGAGGAAGAGGAGGAGGAGGAGGAAGAAGAGGAAGAGGAGCAACAGCCUGCCACCACCACGGCCACCAGCACGGCCGCCCCCGCCCCAAGCACGGCCCCUAGCGCAGGAUCCACAGCCGGUGACUCGGGGGCAGAGGACGGGCCGGCUCCCCGUGUCUCCCAGCUGCCCACGCUGCCCCCACCCCUGCCCUGGAACCUGCCCGCUGGUGUGGACUGCACUACCAGCGGCGUCCUGGCCUGGGGGCGAGGGCCCAGCAGGUCUGUCCAGGAGGCUUCUAGAUGUUCGGGUGAUGGAGGAGAGCCGAGCAGACGGGCAAGGUGGCCAGCUCAGCACGGCUGGAGUGGGGCGUGUCCUGGCGCCCUCCUACGCGAGACUGGUAUAGACUUGAUGGGGGGCCAGGAAGAAUGGGUGACUGCACUUCUCUUCAAGAUGGAAGAAGCCAAUCUGGCGAGCAGAGCAAAGGCCCAGGAGCUGAUCCAGGCCACCAACCAGAUCCUCAGCCACCGGAAGCCACCCUCCAGUCUAGGGGUGACACCAGCUCCUGUACCCACCUCUCUGGGCCUGCCCCCUGGCCCCUCCAGCUACCUGCUCCCUGGCAGCCUUCCCCUAGGGGGCUGCGGCUCUACCCCUCCCACCCCCACUGGGCUGGCCGCUGCAUCUGACAAGAGAGAGGGCAGUAGCAGCUCCGAGGGACGAGGGGACACAGAUAAGUACCUGAAGAAGCUGCACACACAGGAGCGGGCGGUGGAGGAGGUGAAGCUGGCCAUCAAGCCGUACUAUCAGAAGAAGGACAUCACCAAGGAGGAGUACAAGGACAUCCUGAGGAAGGCCGUCCACAAGAUCUGCCACAGCAAAAGUGGGGAGAUCAACCCCGUGAAGGUGAGCAACUUGGUGCGCGCCUACGUCCAACGCUACCGCUACUUCCGCAAGCACGGCCGCAAGCCAGGGGACCCCCCAGGACCCCCACGGCCACCCAAGGAGCCAGGGCCCCCUGACAAGGGCGGCCCUGGCCUGGGCCUGCCCCUGCCCCCUCUCUGAGACCCCCAACAACCCCACUUCCUUCCUCUGCCUCUUCAGAAUUCUGGACGUAUUUAUGGCUCCACCUCUCCACUUCCCUCCCCCCGUCAGUGGGAUGAUUGGGAGAGGGUUGCUGUGGGGAUGAGGAGAGCCCCCUGCCUAGCCCUGUGCCCAUCUUCCUUGUCCCAAGCCUGUCCCCAUUGCCUCUCCCCUCUGUUCAUGUCCCUCCCCCAGUUUCAUUAAAGAUUUCAUGAAAUGUUACCUUCGAA